GCAAACCUACGAGGUAUUCAUUGCGAAUUAACAUCGACCCGGGGGAUAUAUUAAAAGCAAGUUAGAACUAAACAACAGUUCCAUCACAGUUUGGAACUUCCUAACAUAAACUGGAGAUGUGAAUCACCGGAUUCCAACCUAUAAGUUGAAUGCUAACACGCUCACCCUAAGACAUGACAGUUUCUUGUUUGGUUUCUUACUCGGUCAUUGAUCCGAACUCGUGAAUAGUUCCAAGCCGGUAUGACACAAUUGUCCAGGUCUUCUUUAUUUUUAAUCAAUUUCUUGCUGGUGUUGGUCUGUGAUGAGAAGUCAUUUUAAAUCUAUCAAACGUUCCCGUGGAGUAAUACUUAAUAAAAGCCAGUGGCAUUUGGGUUCUGUUUUAUAUUGUCUGAAACAAUUUUGCCAGCUAUGGUCAAUUGUAUCUGUAUGUCUUUUAACAAUGUCAACAGAACAUAUACUUCCAAGGAAAAGAGAUUUACCUCCUCCAUAUUAUCACAUAAAUCAUGACUAUGCUCGUCGUUACAGACGUAAAAGUCAUUGUAUUUACAUUUCAUCAAUUAUAUCAGGUAUUACGAUGAUGCUAUCUGGUUAUCUUGUUCUCAUGAUACUUGUCCCUCAAGAAAUUAAUUUCUAUAAUUGGAAUAUCAAUCGACCUUUAUCAAAAUUCUUUGUUAAAGAUAGAACUGUUUUACUGAUUAGUAUGGAUGGUUUUCGUCACGAUUAUUUAGAAAUGGUGAAGUCUCGUCUCGGUGCGAAUUCACUACCAAACUUUGAUCGCUUAGUAGCUAAAGGUGUACGGGCUAUGGAAUCGUAUAAUGUUUAUCCUACUAUUACGCUUCCUAAUCAUCGUACUUUAGUGACCGGUUUAUAUCCGGAAAAUCACGGAGUUGUGGGGAAUUAUUUAUUAGAUGAGAAAUGGCCGAAUAAAACAUUUAGUAUGGAUGAUCAAGAAAGCCUGAAUCAUGAUCCAUGGUUAAUUGGAUGGUCCGAACCCAUAUGGGUUACAUUGCAAAAGAAUGGUGGAUAUGCUGGUUCAGUUUUGUGGCCCUUAGCUGAUCAAUUUGUGAUGAAAGACUUACCAUUUCAACACGUUUCCCAAUUCACGUUGCUCAAUAAUUAUGGUAGUCGUUAUGCCUACGAUCAACGAAUUAGAGAUAUUUUAUGGUGGCUUAAAAAUCCUAGAUUUCACUUAGAUCUUAUUCUGGCUUAUUUUGAUGAACCUGACGAAACUGGUCAUGCCUAUGGCCCAAACAGUCGAGAGGUUGCAGAAGCAGUUCGAAGCCUAGAUAAAAUACUCGGUUCCCUUCUGGAUGGCAUUGAAGAAUUGGGCCUUACUGGAAAAGUAGAUAUCAUUCUAACUGCUGAUCAUGGUAUGUCAGAAACAUCUAAUACUCGACUUAUUGGACUGAAUGAUUAUGUGGACAGUUCAUUGUACAACUAUACUCAGUUAUCAACUACGGCUUUCCUUUAUCCUACUCAUGGGAAAUUUGAAUAUGUUUAUCAGAAAUUGAAGAAUGCACAUCCUCAGUUAGACGUUUAUCGAAGAGAUGAAGUUCCUGCUUAUCUGAAUUUCAAUGUAACCAACUCUCGUAUGCCACCACUGAUACUCAUUGCUAAACCUUAUUGGAAAAUUGUAAGGAAUGCUUCCCAUCCAUACGCAAAGUCUCUGGUGAUCAUGGUUAUGCAACAAAUUUCUCUGAAAUGCACGCUUUCUUCAUUGCAAGUGGACCUUCUUUCGAAGUUGGAAAAAGUGUACCUAUUGUUCAUGCUGUAGAUAUAUAUCCACUUUUAUGUGGAAUUCUUAACAUUCAACCAAAUCCUAACAAUGGUAGCCUAGAACGCAUAUCAGGUAUACUGAAAACUGAAGUGGCUAAUCGUAUUUUAAAUAUUCGUCUAUGGUCAUCAAUAUGGAGAUGGAUUUCAUUCCGUCUACGAUCGAUAUUAUUUAUAUCUCUUUUAUGCCUUUCGUUAAUUUUAUUAUUCUUCAUAAUAGUGAUAAUGCAUCACAAACGGACAAAUGAGUCAUUCACUAGUUUAAGUAUCAUUGAUGGUAAAAAUCACUCCGAUUAUAAUUUAUAGAUUAAAUCUACCUAACUUGCUUCUCUAUUUUGUAAACCCAUCAUCAAUCACUUGAUACUAUAUUUCUCAUACACAAACUGUUAAAUACCGUUAUGAAGUGAUAAUGCUUUUCUUUUGAUCUAAGUGAUUGUACUACUGUUGUUUUUCAUUGGUUUAGAUUUCAUAUCCCCCUAAAAAACAACCCUGGUUGAGUCCUAGAGAAUGUCGAUUUCGCCUGCACUCACCAAAAUCAGCAGUUUCAUAUAUUCGAAACAAUUAGCCUCCUUGAUGAAUUUGCAUAAUGUAAUUAGAAGACAGA